AUGACUUCAGAUCUUCCUAGGAUAAUCUUGAUUGUUUCACUAGUUUCCAAACUUAUAAGUGGCACAGCUGUAGAUGCAGGACUGAUGCCAUCUGGUGUGACUCUACAGAAUGAGAGAUAAAAUUUACCCAGAGUGUGCCAUGCACUCUGGGCUUUUCUGGGAAUGACAAGGUGCCAGGAUUUGUUUUUGGUUCACUUGCAGGGGUGGAAACUUGGAACUAGGUUCCAAGAUGGUCCUUGCAGUCCCCCACAACAAGAAGGAAAAUGCCCAAAGGGAAAGCAGAGCCUUCCAGUUUGAAUGCAUGCCAUUUUAACAUUUCUCAGUAGCCCAACUUUUGCUUGCGUUUUAUUGGCUGGAACUGCAUCACUGGCUGCUAUUAUCAGCAAGAUUGCUUGAGAAAUGUAAUUUUUUUGUAGCUUUCAACCAAAACCUGAGUUUCCUUGGUAAGAAGGAUAAUGGUGGAUCUUCAGUGGACAACUAGUGGCCUAUGCCCCGAUUGUAAAAUAUAGGUGACAGCAGCAUAAUAUUUGAAACAGAACAAAAUGAUAGCUUCUUCACUGGCAAAACUCCAAGUAACACUGCUCAGCUCCUAGUGAGCAGAGUGAAGACAUGCCAAGUUUUCUCAUGAAACACUCCUCAGCACUAACCUCUUUGCCAGCAUAGUUACCCUGCAUCAGGAUUCUCCAGAAAGGACCCUGAAGACCCGCACACUUUCUUGGUGGACAUGAUCUCUAUAUGGGGGUUGGAUAUAGGAUAAAGAAUGUUGCACUUUGCUGCUUCCUCACAUGUAUCAUUUAUCUCCUCCUCAAUUCUCCUUGCAGUUAGAUUGGGGUGGAAUCUAGAGUGCGUAUUUGAUCCCUGUAAAUGACCAUCCCUGACAUGCAAAGAAAGACAACCUCACUUCCUUCUGUGACUCCACCACCAAUCUAGGAAUAUCCUGGGAGAAUUGCCUCUCCAAGCUGCUUCCACAAGCAGCCUACACCCUGGCUAAGCAAAGGGAGAAGAAACACUUCCCACAUCCAGGGCUGUCCAAAAGAACUUUCUGUGAUGAUAGAAAUGAUCUAUAUCUGCAGUGUCCAAUAUGGUAACAAGUAGUAAACACUUAAAAUGUGGCGACUGUUACUGAGGAAGUAAAAUGUAGAUUUUUAUGGAAUUUUCAUUAUUGUUAUUUUAGAUAAGUACAUAGGGCUAGUGGCUGUUGUGUUGGACAGUGAAGUACACAUCUUUCUCUAUGUUAUGUUUUAGAACUAGUGGGAGAGAUGUGAUCCAGGCAUGUGUUGUGUCCCAAGGUCUUCACUAUUCUACUUUGUCAUUGAACUUGUCUCUCAGAGAAAAAAGAACAAUGGUAUUUUGGAGCUAAACUCAAGAUGUUAACAUGACAUCUAUACAUUGCACAUCUUCCUGCAAAGGGAUGGAAUGGUCUCGUGGGAAUAGGUCUUGUGCCUGAUUGUAGUGAUGUUUACUAAUGGAAAACAUGGCAGUGCUGGUCCAUUAACCUUUCUAGUGAUCGUGUUUCGAGUCAGAGUGAUUCAGCAAAAGGUAUUUUGUUUUAAUCAUGCAAUUCAUUUUAUGUUACUUUAUUUUUGCAAUAUUAUGACUGCUACAUGAUUAUU